AUUAUGAACCUUGUUGAAAACACAUCUCCCUCUCCUCAACUCAUCACUCACUCGCUCGAAUCAAUCUCAACUCUCUGUUCUGGGACGCCAGCCAUGCCCCAGCGAUGAACUCUCAGGAUGCACUCUUAAACGACAUUCAUAAGGAUCUAUACGGACGGAGCAGCACUACCCAUACAACGUCUCAGUAUCAAGAUGAGACCUUCGCCAAACGAAUCCUUCUCACUGGAGGAGCUGGAUUCAUAGGAUCUGUACUCGUCAGAAAGUUGGUCCUCAACUACCCAGAGUACUUUGUUCUAGUAAUUGAUAAACUGGAUUAUUGCAGUUCCCUCAACAACCUGCAUCCAUUUUUAUCCACUCAAGAAUGGACCGCAUUAAGAACAGGGGCGUUCUUUUCAGCAACAACAACAGGAACAGGACGGGAUCAGAAUGCCAUUAGAACCGAAAGACCCUAUUCCAACUUCAAGUUCCUACACGGUGAUAUAACGGAUCUUGACACUGUACAAUCGGCCAUGAUAGAAUACAGGAUCGAUACAGUCAUCCACCUGGCAGCACAAACACAUGUGGACAAGUCCUUUGGUGAAUCCAUUGAGUUUACAAGAAACAACGUCCUCGGUGCCCAUGUGAUGCUCGAAGCUGCUCGCACGAUGUUCUGCCAACCUACAUCAUCUUUGUACAGCGGCUCUCAGCACCAGAACGAUGUCAGCAAUGGCCAGGCGAAAGAAUCGACAAAAAGGUUUAUUUAUGUAUCGACAGAUGAAGUCUACGGUCAAGUUUCGUUAGGCCAACCAGAUUCCAAGGAAGACGCGUCACUAGCUCCGAGCAAUCCUUACUCUGCCACUAAAGCAGCCGCAGAAUGCAUGGUCCAAGCCUACCACAAAUCCUUCCAGCUACCUGUGAUCAUCACCCGCAGCAACAACGUUUAUGGUCCUUUUCAGUAUCCUGAAAAGAUCUUUCCCAAGUUCAUUAUGAGUCUUCUCAACAGCGCCCGCAAUGAGAGUGAUAGUCAUCACAAGAGCCACCUAGGAAACAAUCUAACACCAAAAACAGCACUCAAGGACAUCAACAGGGAUAUUAGGCGACGCAGCAUAAGCGGCGGCGGAUACUGUUUCAUCCAUGGAUCGGGCCAACAUUCUAGGACUUAUCUCUACGUGACCGACGUUGCGGAUGCGCUGGACGUGAUCCUGCAUCGUGGAGAGGUCGGCGAGGUGUAUAAUAUCGGAGGUGGUCAUGAAAUGAGUAAUCUCGAGCUUGCGCAAGAUCUGAUCCAUCGUAUGGUCGUUCUUCCAGCAGCACCAUCGGCGGCAUGUAAUGGCUCCACAUCUUCAACCAAGACACCAGAGAACGAACUGCCGAGAAGGAGUUGUGGUCAUCAACAUACAUUUUCUGGAUCUAGACAAGAAGAAGCGGAACAACAUCUUAGCCAGUGCAGGACGUGUGUAGAGAGGAUCGUUUUUGUGGAGGAUCGAGCGUUCAAUGACCGCCGGUACGCUGUUGAUGCCACCAAACUGUUCCGCCUCGGAUGGUCACCCAAAGUUGUCUUUGAGGAUGGUAUUUCAAAGACAAUCGAGUGGUAUAGAGAACAUGGGAAGACAUGGUGGGGCGAUAUUCAUCGGGCGCUGUAUCCACAUUCGAUUCGGAUGUCCGCUGAAGAUUCGACCGCGACAUCUGCAGCACCUUCGCCACAGCCUUCUCAGCCAGGAUCGCCUCGUCCAGGCUGAUGAAGAAUUAUUAGAGGAUAUAUUUUAAUCCCUAUAUUUUAUUACUAAAAAAAAAAAAAA